GCAUCCUGUUCGCCGUCAGUUCGAGAGCCGAGAGCGCGAGCGCUUUUGUAGAGACUGUGUGUGUUAGGAAUCACGGAAUAAUAAACAGAGACGUUUAUUCGAGUCAAACCGUCAGGUAAAAUGGAGAGAAAGUUGUAAAAACAAUUGUAGUUGUGGUUUCUAGUGUAAUGUUUGUCAGAAAGUUAGGUAUGUAAAAAAGUUGUGUACUUUCUGUUGGAGUUAAUAUUGUUUGUGUAUUAUGGUCAGCUGAAGUUUACUUCAUGUGAUCUGUAUACACUGAGACACUGGACUGUAGUGGACAUGUCUAAAAGCAUCCAGAAGAGAAAGCACUGGAGCAGCAGAGUGAAUGAGAGCUCGCUGUGCAGGAGCAGUGACGGGGGCCUGAGCGUGGAGCUGCACGGUGGGGCUCAGAGCGGACAGUUCAGCUACAUCACCGCCGUGACGAAGGAUGUGGUGUAUCAGUACGGACAGAUAUAUGAAGGAGAGAUACUGCUGGAGGUUGAGGGUUUGCCCGUGUCGGGAUUGCCCCUGUACGACGUCCUGGCUCUGCUGGACAACACCAAAGACCCAGUGCGACUGAAAACAGUCCGACAAGGAAAUAAACUCAAUACGGAUCUGCGGCAGUACCUGAGUAUGCGCUUUCUGAAAUCCUCACCAGACCACGAUCUUCAGCAGACCAUCAGAAACAACCUCUAUCACUAUGCUGUACCUUGUACCACACGGCCACCUCGUGAGGGCGAGCUUCCAGGUGUGGAUUACAACUUCCUUUCAGUGCAGGAGUUCCUGGAGCUCGAGCAUUGUGGAACCCUUUUGGAAAUAGGAACGUACGAAGGUAACUAUUAUGGAACACCCAAGCCACCCAGCCAGCCUCGCUGUGGGACAGUGAUUACCCAGGAUGCUUUGCGACACACCCUUUUUGGCUCCUGGAAUUCCACGCCCAAGCGCACAAAGUCCUACAAUGAUAUCCAGCAUGCUCGAGUAGUGCCAGUUGAGCAGACAGAAGAUGCAGACUUCGACACAGACAUGAAUAACACUUUUACAGCACGUAGUCUCUUCCCCGCUCCACUGUUGUUUACAGGAGACUCCAGCCGGCAGGAAGUGCACGCCCCUUCCAGCGCGCUCAACAACGUGGCUGCGUCUCCCGCGGCUACCAUGGCGAGCUCCCAUCAUCCUCAGCAGCCCUUGGAGGAAGACCCGCUUGGGCCGUUGCCAGACAACUGGGAGAUGGCCUACACCGAGAACGGAGAGGUCUACUUCAUAGACCACAACACAAAGACAACCUCAUGGAUGGACCCUCGCUGUCAGGAUAAACAGCAGAAGCCUUUAGAAGAGUGUGAAGACGAUGAAGAAGGCGUGCACACAGAGGAGCCAGAAGUCGAUAGGAACUUGAUUGAAUUCGCAUGCCGUAAGCCAGGCUUACAGUGUAGGACGAGAGACAUCUCGACAUCUCACUUCUGCUUAUGCUGCAUGACUCGACCUCCAGAAUUACCUCCAGGUUGGGAGAAGAUAGAUGACCCAGUGUAUGGUGUAUAUUAUGUAGAUCACAUAAACAGAAGGACACAGUAUGAGGACCCGAUGUUGGAGGCUAGACUUAAAAAGCAGGUCGAUAUCCAGCAGCCACCAGAAGGUGAGCGCUACGUCAGAGAAUGGAUAGAGGAGCACUCGUCCGCUGGUGCUCCGAUCACCGCAUACAUUCCAAACCACUUGGAGACAUACCGAGAGCCUCAGAGCGGCCCACAGCUCCCGCCAGUCCCCGGAUGCAAACGAGGGAAGCCGUUCUUCACAAGAAACCCCGCAGAACUCAAGGGCACAUUUAUAAGCACCAAACUACUGAAAAGCAGGCGGGGAUUUGGCUUCACCGUGGUCGGAGGAGACGAGCCAGAUGAGUUCUUACAGAUCAAGAGUCUCAUAUUAGACGGACCAGCAGCCUUGGAUGGCAAGAUGGAGACAGGUGACGUCAUCGUCAGUGUUAAUGACACCAUCGUUCUUGGCUACACACACGCUCAAGUAGUCAAGAUCUUCCAGUCCAUCCCUAUCGGCUCAGCCGUGCAGUUGGAACUGUGCCGUGGGUACCCGCUGCCUUUCGACCCUGAUGACCCUAACACCAGCCUGGUGACUUCGGUGGCCAUUCUGGACAAAGAGCCUAUCAUCGUCAACGGCCAGGAAGCCUUUGAUCCGCCACCCUUGGGCCCAUGUCAGACAGGAAUGGGUACAGUGGGUACAGUGGGCAUGGAGCCACGCCCCUACAGCCCCACAGCAGAGGGGAUGAUGAUGCCAGAGAACUACGGUAGUGACGUUGUGACCCUUGCAUCGUCUAUCGCCACACAGCCUGAGCUGAUAACCGUGCACAUGGAGAAGGGUGACAAGGGCUUUGGCUUCACCAUUGCUGACUGUGGUGUCAUUGGCAGUGCCAUCGGGGGUGGCCAGAAGGUCAAGCAAAUUGUAGACUACCCACGCUGUCGUGGCCUGAAGGAGGGAGACAUUUUGGUAGAGGUGAACAAGAGGAACGUGCAGAACAUGAGUCACAACCAGGUGGUGGAGCUUCUCAGCAAGUGUCCUAAAGGCAGUGAGGUCACCAUGCUGGUACAGAGAGGGGUGGUCCAGGCCAAGAGGAGUCCAAAAGUGGUGCAGUUGGAAAGGAAGGACAGCCAGGGAAGCUCACAACAUAGCGUGUGCAGCCACCGGAGCACCCACACAGAUUCACCGGCCCGCGCCGUACCCGCCGUGCCCCCUGUGCCGAGUGAGACGCUGGCGGCUCCACCCCCAGUGCCCCCUCCUCCGACCCAGCCUCUCCCAAGCUUGCCACCAUUGGAGCCACCCACCAAUGGCACUCUUCAGAAGAAACCAGAUCCUUUCAAGAUCUGGGCGCAGUCCAGGAGCAUGUACGAGAGCCGAAUGCCAGAUUCUCAAGAACAAGACAUCUUCCUCUGGAGAAAAGACACUGGAUUCGGCUUCAGGAUCCUUGGCGGGAACGAACCUGGAGAACCGAUCUACAUUGGCCACAUAGUAAAGUAUGGUGCGGCGGAUGAGGAUGGACGCCUGCGCUCCGGGGAUGAGCUGAUAUGUGUGGACGGAACAGCUGUGGUGGGCAAAUCCCACCAGCUGGUGGUGCAGCUCAUGCAGCAGGCAGCUAAACAGGGCCACGUCAAUCUCACAGUCCGCCGCAAAACAAGCUACGGAGUGUGUAAGGGUGAGGGAGACGUGCCUCCUUCCCCCGCCUCGUCUCACCACAGCAGCACUCAGGCACCAUCUCUGACUGAGGAGAAGCGCACACCGCAGGGCAGCCAGAACUCCUUGAACACAGUCAGCUCAGGCUCGGGCUCCACCAGUGGCAUUGGCAGCGGUGGUGGAGGAGGGAGCGGCAGUGCUGUGGUCCCCGCCGUGGUGCCCGCAGUGCCCACUGCCCUACAGCCGUACGACGUAGAAAUCCAGAGGGGCGAGAAUGAAGGCUUCGGCUUCGUCAUUGUCUCAUCCGUGUCACGGCCUGAUGCCGGCACUACAUUUGCAGCUGGAAACGCAUGUGUGGCCAUGCCCCAUAAAAUAGGACGGAUCAUCGAGGCCAGUCCGGCGGACCGAUGUGGGAAACUAAAGGUGGGCGAUCGCAUCCUCGCUGUCAAUGGCUGCUCUAUUACCAACAAAUCCCACUCAGACAUUGUCAACCUGAUCAAAGAGGCUGGGAACACGGUCACACUGCGCAUAAUCCCAGGAGAUGAAUCUUCGAAUGCCGCCCUGCUAACCAACGCUGAGAAGAUUGCCACGAUCACCACUACACACACACCUCAAAGCAGCAGUGAGUCCAGAAACAACAAGUCAAAACAGGCUCCACCGCAACCUGGAACACAAAUGUCUCAUCAGGAUGCUGAGUAUUACUCUGUGGACCUUGAGAGAGACAAUAAAGGCUUUGGCUUCAGCCUGAGAGGAGGGAAGGAAUAUAACAUGGACUUAUAUGUGUUGAGACUUGCAGAAGAUGGAGCUGCGGUGAGAAACGGCAAGAUGAGGGUAGGAGAUGAGAUUUUGGAGAUUAAUGGAGAGAGCACCAAAAACAUGAAACAUUCUCGUGCCAUCGAGCUCAUCAAGAACGGCGGUCGUCGAGCGAGACUGGUCUUGAAGAGAGGUGAUGGCUCUGUGCCUGAGUAUGACGGGCCCAAUGACGGGUACCCUGCCCCACCCGGGCCACAAAAUAUUCCGGAAGUGAGAACGCAGCAGCCUAAUGGCCGCUUUCACCUCCCAUUGGAGAACAGCUACACAUCAGAACACCAAACAAACCCCUGGUCCCAGGAGCAGUGGCAGAGAGGUAGAGGGCGUGAACGAGAGAAGGAUCUGGGUAGGGAGGAGUACAGAGACCAAACCCAUCACCCCAAACACCCUCAGAACCACACCUGGAGCAACAAUCGUGCUAAUACCCGAGGUGCCCACUCGCCUUUGCAUUCCCCUUCACGUUCCCCUGAAAACAACAAGAAGAACUCUGGCCGGAAAGUAAAAAAAUCCGAGUCAGAAAGCGGCAUCGCUAAGCUCUUCAAGACGCUAAGGAAAGAGAGUGGCUUUGGGAAGAAGUCCACAGACCGGGAAGCUCGAGGCCGCCACCGUUCCCCAGAAAGAAGGAAAGGCACAAAAACACGCCGCGGCUCUUUGGAUCGCUCCCCAUCACGUAAAAAUGCCUCCUCUCCAGACCGGCUUAGGGCUAAAUCCAUGGACCGACGAGCAGAACGCUCCCAACGUGAUUAUUCUCCAGAACAAGUCUCUCGUGGUUCUAAUCACAUUCUCAACCGACAGAUCGGAACACCGGAAAGGCAUUUCCAGCCCCAGCAGAAAUGGCAGCCACAGACACCCAGCCGGAGCUACCAAGAAGAGGGCUACCUCACCUCCACUCCAGAGAGACCCAACAACAGCCUAAAGAAUGGGCUUUCUUCCUGCGAGCGGGAGGAGAGAUUUUGGAGCAACGGCACACCCCAGAGACACUACCGGAGGGAAUCAGACAGCAGCAGCAAUAGCAGUUACCUUGAAGAGGCGGCCGCUCCCAGGCUGAAGGAUUACUACAACACCAUGAAAGCAAACAGCACGAUCUCAAUUCCCCAGUCCAAGAGACGGCUUUACAAAGAGAACCAAGCCGACCUCAGCAUCUGAGCACGGGAAACUCAUAACCAUAAACACUCACACAGCUGGAUAGCUGAUAACAUCAUACUGCUUUUAAAAGACCCAAUGAGGUGACUGAUUGAUUGAAAGAAUGGUAAAUGGAGUGAUAGAUUCUUCGAUCGGUGAAUGGAUAAAUUGAUUAAUUGAUUGCACAGUCGACUUAUUUAUGUCUGCACAUUUUAUCCCAGGACUAGAAAAUUCUGCAGACCAGCCACAAACACAGCAACAGAACAAUCUUAUGUCUACUUUCUUCAUUUGGUUUGUUUGUUUGUUUGUUUUAAAUCUCUACAGUGUUGUGUUGAUCAGAAAGUGGGGUUUUGUGCAAAUUGGUAUCAGAUCGGUCAAGAGAGCAUGUUCUUCCUCCCCCUCUGUUUCUUUGGAACUUUCAUUCCAUAUUUUUAAGUAAUGUUUUAUUUUAUUUUUUUAAUGCUGUGUCUCCUAUAUAUUCAUCAUACCUGCAAUUUUAGCAGACCAGAGCACAAGGGUGUUUGUACAUUUUAUGGAUGAAUACAUGUGUUUACAUGUGCGUUAUCAGCUCAAGUGAAGGCAAAUUUUAAAAUAUAUAUAUAUAUAUAUAAUUAUAUAUAUAUACAAACUACGAUGCUACUGAAUUCUAAUGAAUUAAUAUAUUUAAUAUCUAUUUAUUUUAUUUUAUUUUUUUAAUUUGGCACAUAAAUGAAGUGAAUAAGGCUUUUUUUCCACCCUAAGUGAAAUUCUGUUGCUUGAUCUACUGUGUGUGAUUAUCUGACUGAAGGUCUUUCUCCAUUGCUGUGGACUGCUGCACAGUGCCAGACUGUUGCUCUACCCAUAAUUCCCUUUUGACCUGAACAAGCCAAAUUUCUAAUCCAUUACGUUAUUCAGAAAGUGUCAAACUGGCUGUCAUUCAUCAGCAACGGGUGAAGGAACAAUAUGAUUAGAUUGUGUCUAUCUUGAAGCCAGUCAAAUAAAUAAACAAAUAAAUAAAUAAAUCCUACACUGAACUUACAAGACAUGACCCUAGCAAAUACGGAAAUAAUUUUUUUGUUGGUUUUCAGGUCUUAGCAAAGAUAUCUCAGCAUCUAUACAGUAGAUGCUUUUCUCGGUUUGAAAUCAGAGAGCAAGCCUUGAAAUAACAAUCAUAAACCAUAGGGAAGUCUUGAACAAGGGCAGCCGUGCUACAGUCUGUCCACCUGAGCCAUUCCAUGUCUUCGCACUGGAGUAUGAUUAACGCUGAGCUAUGCGUGUCUGUAUGAAUGCAUUUUUUUGUGCCUGUGUAUAUAAACAUUUCAGAUUUGACAAGCCAACAUGAAGUCUCUAAACAUGACGACAGAAAACACAGCAAGUUGCAUUGCUGCCAUCUUCAUAGUACUGUAAGGAACCACUAACCUGUCAGCCACUGUCGUGUGUACAGACGUUUACUACUGUAUGUAAGUAAUAGCAACCUGUGGAAAAGAUGAGAUCGUUGCCUUUUUCUUGUACAAAAGAGAAUUUAUGAGAGCCCUCCAUCUUGAGGAACACGAUAUGGUAUGUUUAUACUCCUCAUGCAGAGGCAAUGAGUUAUAGAUAGUAUGUGUAAUUUAUACUCUAAAUCAGGCAUGUUUCCAAAAUCCAGAGACGAUUGACCGACGAUCUGUUUUUUUUUCCAGGGUGGGAAAAGAUUUGGGGUUGAUCAGGCGUUAUUUGAGAAUGAGAUGGGGCUGACUAUCUCUUGUGAUGCAUAGCCUGCCUUUUUAUUGUAUAGCACUUGUAUACUGUCUGUGGUCUCUCUGCAAUGUUCUCUGGACUUCGAUGCUUUUUCCGUGUAAAUGAAAGCAGUACAUGUAUAUGGGCCAAUCUUUUUUAUGAAACACUAUGCAUAUAUAGAUACUACAUUGUCCAUAGCUUUAUUUGACUCAUGAAGCUAUACAUAAUGUUAGUCUAAGUACAAGUAGAUGUUGAACUAUCCAGUAAAGCUUUUUUUUUUCUUUCCUCCUUCAAAUGGAUCGCAAUGUAUAUGUAGCUAUCAAAAAGAAGUCUGUGAAUGCUAUUUUUAUUAUCAAAUAAAGUUUUCCAUACAAAUUCAUAAAAA